AUGCUCCUGAAACCAAACAAGACCUCAGAAACAGCUGCAAAGGACUUGAAAUCAGAAGCUGCUGACAACGAUUCUGGUUUUGAAGAAGACAUUGACGAUAAACAAGAAUACAGUCAGAAAAACGAUGCUCUCUUCCGCAAAUCGAAGCAGCACAUCAUCAACAGUAUUCGAGCUGAUGAAUACGCUGCCGGUCCUUUUCAAGAAUAUUUAGCCAGGGCUUUCAAUAAAGCUAGCCACAAAUUAUUGAAGUGUGAUGAGCAGCAAGCUGCGUUUACUCUUUUAUUUGUUCUCGAAUUGGAACGCUUCCGCGAGGAUUUCUCCCUGAUAAUGCGCGUGGAAAAGGUUCAAAGACUCAAAGAUCUUGUUCAAAGAUUUGUUGCUGAUGACCGUCUCGGUCCGUUGAUUCCUGGAGUUACGGACUACGGCUCGUUUAUUGUUUUGAUGGAGAUUCAAGAGUGUACGCAUUUCCCAUGGCCGCUGAGAGCCGUCUUCAGACGGUGUAUCGAGUUCAUGGAACCUUUUUGGCUAAAAUUCGCCAAGAAAGAUUCUAAGUCAUUCUGUGUUGCUCUAGAAAUGGAAAAGAGGAUACCAAGGAGCACUUUUUACAAUUCAUCUGAAAUGAUUUUUGGCGAGAAUCCGACUCCCAUUGGGAAGCAAUGUUUCACUGCCUACGAAACUGUCAAAAACUCAUCGAAUUUUGUCUAUUCAAGCUUCAAAGCAAAAGAAGAAACAGAUGAUGUCAAAAAUAAGCCAGUUUUUCUGAGAGAUCAGAAAAUCUCUGGAAGAAAAUUGGCUGAAGCAGCGACAAAAGAAUAUCUUGACGUUCCACAAGGGCCAUCGAAGAAAAUUAUAAUUCGGAAAGAGCCUAGAGAAGAAGGCCCUGGUUGGCUUCGACCGAGCAUCCGAAAAGGCGGCGUUGUAUUCAAACGUCCAACAGUUCGACCGAGCCAUUUGGUUGAUUGCCUUAGGGACCCAGUCCAUUUUGAGUUCUUCCAGCGUUUUGCGAAAAGCUUCCAUUUCGAUAAACAAGUCAAGUUCUACAAAAAAGUUGAUGAAAUCAAAUCGAUACGCGACACGAAGACGCGAUCAAAUAAGAUCUUGGAACUUCACAAGGAAUACUUUUCCGAAACAUCUGCAUCUCUUGGUGUCGAUGGAGAAAUAAUGAAAGAGCUGUUGGAAUCACCUGGGGAUGAAGUAACUCUUGGUAUGUUGAUUUCUGCGCAAGCUUGUGUGAUGAAAAGCAUGGAGCAAACUUGGGGCGAGAAAUAUCUACAAUCAUUUCCUGAAACAAAGAGGGAGAAGAAAAAGGCAAAGAAUCAGGAAGCCGAUCUUGAGGCAGAGAAAUCGUUGAAGAUAGAGCGCUCGGUAGCUGUGAUGGUGGAGCCACUUGGGAAACUGCUGAUCUUUCCGGAAGAGUGGUUUUCUUAA